AUGACCUUCGCGCCAUCAUUCUACGAGGUGCUCAGCGUCCCGACGACCUGCAGCUCCGAUGACGUUCGCCGCGCGUACCACCAGAUGGCUCGACGGUUCCAUCCGGACAAGCGCUCGACCGCCACCGACGCUGCCGUCACGAGCGAGCAGCACUUCCUGCGCGUACAGGCCGCCUACGAGACGCUGCGGCACCCGGAGCUGAGGCGGCAGUACGACGCCAAGUUACAGCAGCACACGCGAAGGCGCAAGAGGCAGCAGGAGGUCGUCGUCGUGUCGGACGACGUUCCGCUCAGCGCUAUGCAUCGCGUCCAGCUGCAAGACGGAGACCACGACGGCGACAACGACGUGGUGUACACACACGAGUGCCGCUGUGGAGACGUGUACGAGGUCUCUGAACACGAGCUCUGGGACGGCGUAGAUGUUGUGCCGUGCGCUGGCUGCUCGUUGCACGUUCGGGUGCUGGUGGACACUGCCCAGUAG